AAAGUUCACACAAACCCAAACAAACAAAGAAACCAAAUAAACCAAAGAAACCAAACAAUGAGAGAGAUGUCAUCUUCUUCUCCUCCUCCUCCUCCUCCUUCCUCUUGUGUCACUUUGCUAUCCAAAACCAGAGUUUAUCCUGAGAAAAGCUCAACAAUGGAGGAUCUCAAGCUCUCUGUCUCUGAUCUCCCAAUGUUAUCUUGCCAUUAUAUCCAAAAAGGCUUGAUUUUUUCUCAACCACCAAUUCCAAUUCCUUUGCUUUUACCUCUUCUCACUCAAUCUCUUGCAAAAGCUCUCACCUUUUUCCCCGCUCUCGCCGGCCGGUUAACUACCGGCGCCGACCACCGUAUCUUCAUCACCUGCAACGACGCCGGCGUCGACUUCAUCCAUGCCAUAGCUCCCACUCUUGUCACCAGUGAUGUUCUCCCAUUCUCCUUCUCCGACGUACCUAAACAUUUCAAACAAUUCUUCACUCUAGACUACACUUUAAGCUAUUCCGGCCACUUCCAGCCACUCUCCGGCUUCCAACUCACCGAACUCGCCGACGGCGCCAUCUUCAUCGGCGCCACCGUCAACCACGCCAUCGUCGACGGAACUUCGUUCUGGAACUUCUUCAAUGCAUGGGCAGAGCUCUGCCGCACUGGCGGUUCUCUCAUCGUCUCUAACCCACCGGACUUUCGCCGGACUUACUUCCCAGACUCCCAAGCCGUUCUCCAGUUCCCAGACUCCUCCGGCCCCAAGAUCACAUUCUCCGUUGACGAUCCCAUUCGUGAACGCAUCUUCCAUUUCUCCAGAGAAUCCAUAACCAAACUCAAAGCCAAAACAAACUCUAAACUCAUCACCACCACCACCGCCACCACCACCACCACCGCCACUGCUACCCCAACCGCCACCGCCAACCAUUCUCCGUUGGCUGAAAUGUUUGGAAAACAAGUGCAUGAUAAGAAGAAGACAGAAGACCAAAUCUCAUCAUUCCAAUCACUGUGCGCUUUACUCUGGAUAUCAGUGACGCGUGCGCGUGCGCGCACAAAGAGACUGAGCGAAGAGACGUCGAGCACGACGUUCCGCAUGGCGGUGAACUGCAGGCAUAGGUUGGUGCCCACGGUGUCGCCGUACUACUUCGGCAAUGCGAUACAGAGCAUACCAACGUCGGCGACGGUCAAAGACGUGGUUUCAAACGGGAUCAAGUGGGUGGCCGGGCAGCUACACAAGAACGUGCAGGCUUACAACGAUGAGAGAGUGAGGAAAGGAGUGGCGGAGUGGGAGAUGGCGCCGAGGUGCUUCCCGUUGGGGAAUCCCGACGGCGGAGGGAUAACAAUGGGGAGCUCGCCGAGGUUUCCGAUGUAUGACAAUGACUUUGGGUGGGGGAAGCCAUUGGCAGUGAGAAGUGGAAAAGCUAACAAAUUUGAUGGCAAGAUAUCAGCUUUUCCGGCGAGGGAUGGUGAUGGGAGUGUGGAUUUGGAGGUGUGCUUGUCGCCGGAGACGAUGGCCGGAAUCUUGGAAGACGAUGAGUUCAUGCAGUAUGUGUCUUUUCAGGACUUAAUUUGCAUGUAAAACAAAAGACAUUAUUAUGAUGAACAGGAAGGAAGGAAUAAAAAUUUGUUUUUGAUUUUAAUCUGAA